UCCGCCCACCAUUGUUCCGUCGUUGUUUCAGGCAACAACGGCCGGGUUUGAGAGCAUCAAAACGAUUGCAGGCUACUGCCGACUGACUGAUCUACAAAUCACCCGUCAAUAACUACUCAUUAUUGUAGUUCGGUCAGUCAGUCAGAAUUUACCCAUGAUACAUUGCGGGUUUGAUCCUCUCGAACACGGCCAUUGUAACCAUUGUGUAACCAUUUCUAUUUGGGGCGGUCUUCUGAUUUGUUAUGGCAUUGAUAGGUAACUAGGAAAACAAAAAUCCCAUUUUAUAAUCUCACCGUCCACCCUCCGUUUGAGUUUUUCUGCUCUACAAACAGACGCGUCAACAUGGACGUCGGAUUUCGCCACCCUGUUCUUCUUUGCCUAACCCUGGCGGUUUUGGGCUCGGUUCUGGCCGAUUUGGAUGGCCCUUUGAUGGGGGCACCCGGGUCUCCCGUCCGUUUGUCGGAAAACGACCCCGGUUUAAAGAAGGCACUGAGGUUUGCAGAGGAGCGCUAUAACGAGGGGUCCAAUGCGAUGCACGUUCGCAGAGUUAGCAAGAUCCUCUCUGCCAGUAAACAGCUGGUGAAGGGUAUCCGAUACAGCAUCAUGGUGGAACUAAGUAACACCCAGUGUAAAAAGGCUGCCAGACUGAGGAUCUGUGACUUCUACCCAGAGGAACACAACCUGAAGACAGAGGUAUGUGUGUUUGAGGUCUGGGACAUUCCCUGGGAGAGCAAGUCCACCAUUCUCAAACAGAAGUGCCAGCCAGCAGUUGAUCCCAAACCAGUUGAGACCAACAAAGUUGAAUUUCUGCCCCUCUCCACCAAACCAGUUGAGGUAAUAGAAAACAUAGCGUUUGUGGAGUCAGUGGAUUCUGUGGAGCUUCUUGGUCAGUUCAAAGAGUUCAUGGUCAGAUACAAUAGGACUUACAGCAGCCAAGAGGAGGCUGACCGGCGGCUGCGUGUCUUCCAUGAGAACUUGAAGACUGCCGAGAAGCUCCAGUCUCUGGACCAGGGCACAGCCGAGUACGGGGUCACCAAGUUCAGCGACCUCACAGAGGAGGAGUUUAGGACUCUGUACCUGAACCCCCUGCUGAGCCAGCAGAACCUCCAGCAGUCCAUGAAGCCUGCAGCCAUGCCCCGCGGCCCCGCCCCACCCAGCUGGGACUGGAGAGAGCAUGGAGCUGUCAGCCCCGUCAAGAACCAGGGAAUGUGUGGUUCUUGCUGGGCAUUCUCAGUGACAGGCAACAUUGAGGGCCAGUGGUUUGCAAAAACUGGCAAACUAGUGUCUCUCUCUGAGCAAGAGCUGGUGGACUGUGAUACUGUGGACCAGGCCUGUGGGGGCGGGCUUCCAUCAAACGCAUAUGAAGCUAUCGAGAAGCUGGGUGGUCUGGAGACAGAGACUGACUACAGCUACACCGGCAAGAAGCAGAGCUGUGACUUCACCACCGACAAAGUCAUCGCCUACAUCAACAGCUCUGUGGAGCUGUCCACGGAUGAGAACGAAAUCGCUGCUUGGCUGGCUGAGAACGGACCAGUAUCUGUGGCCCUGAACGCAUUCGCAAUGCAGUUCUACAGGAAGGGUGUGUCCCACCCUCUGAAGAUCUUCUGCAACCCCUGGAUGAUUGACCAUGCAGUGCUGCUCGUGGGCUACGGAGAACGUCAAGGCAAACCUUUCUGGGCCAUCAAGAACAGCUGGGGAGAGGACUAUGGAGAACAGGGUUACUACUACCUGUACAGGGGAUCCAGGCUCUGUGGGAUCAACAAGAUGUGCUCGUCUGCCAUUGUGAACUGAACUAGGCGAUAACACACACGCAUUUAUUUAUACAUACAUACAUACAUGCAUACACGACCGGAAUAAUAUUUGAUGCCAAUAUUUUCCUGGCACAAAAAACAAACCCAACACCCUCCCCCAAACAUGUACACACAUCUACAAACUGACCAAACUGCAAUUCUACUCACCCUGCCCACAUAAUUGUGUAGUCAGAACACUGCACAGUGCACUGGGAGACCUGUUGACACCUUACUGAAUUAGGGGAGGCAGUAUUCAUUCCUACCUCACCUCAUUCUUCUUUACCAAAACAAACCAGUUCUGAUUAAGUUAUAGUUUCAAGGUAGUACUGAUCUUUUGUUGUGAUUUUACUAUAGGUGUUUACAUUUUAUCUAGACUGAACAAAAAUAUAAACAAAACAUGCAACAAUUAACGAUUUUACUGAGCUACAGUUCAUCUAAGGAAAUUAUUGAAAUAAAUAAAUUAAAUUAGGCCCUAAUCUAUGUAUUUCACAUGACUGGGCAUGGGCACACCCACUUGGGAAUAGGUGGGCCUAUGACCAAGUAGGAGAGCAUAGGCACACCCACUUGGGAGCCAGGCCCACCCACGGGGUAGCAGUCAGCAUGCCAAUUGCACACUCGCUCAACACUUUAGACAUCUGCAGCAUUGUGUUGUGUGACAAAACGAGACACUUUUUUGUGUGGGCUUUUAUUGUCCCCAGCACAAGGUGCACCUGUGUAAUGAUCAUUCUGUUUAAUCAGCUUCUUCAUAUGCCAUUAUCAUGGCAACAGAAAUGCUCACUAACAGGGAUGUAAACAAAUUUGUGCACUCAAUUAGAGAAAUAAGCUUUUUGUGCGUAUGAAACAUUUCUGGGAUCUUGUAUUUCAGCUCAUGAAAGAUGUGACCAACGCUACAUAUUUUUGUUCAGUAUAGUAAUCUUUUAUUUAAUUUAAUUGUUGUUUUAGGCAGAGGUAAAUUCCGGCAUCUAUCUCUUUACAAUAACAGAGUCUAAAUGAUAGAGUUCAGUAAUGCUUUUUGGUGUCCGUUAUGUUCCCCUGAAUGUGACCACUCUCUCUGCUGAUGCUCUAGAAUUAAUGCUUGUGCAUUUUUGCUAGUUUCCCCUCUGUUGUAACUUGUUCAGUGCAAUACCAUGUAAUGUCAAUCUCUCCCUAGUUUACAAUUUACAACUUCACUGUACAAGUAUUUAGAGUGAGUUUGCAUGGUUUCUGAGAUUUUAAAAGGAUCACACAUUGGCUGAUGUGUAGCCUAUUAACUGUGUUACAUAUUGCUGUGCUGUGUAACUAGACAAACUAAGGUUGAAUAAAAAAUAUUUUAGCCUUUA